UCAGAAUGAACGAGAAUAUCAUCACUACCAUGAUGGGUAAAAAAUAUAACAAAUCAUUAACACAGUGAGUAGCGAAUUGUUGUAAAGGUGAGUUUGAAGUCAAGUUUCUGUAUACAAACUUACGCUGCGCACUCAUAUAUGCACAUUACGUAAUAUAUCAAAGCUGACUAGAUGUGUUUCUGGUUAUAAAUAAACCAACUUUGUAGUCUGCGGCUUAUUAUUCAAGUGACAUCGCAGCAUGAGUUUCGCGAGCAAAGUGGUUCUUGUGACGGGGGCUAGCAGUGGCAUCGGAGCGAUUACUGCUGAAUCGUUCUGCAAAGAGGGAGCGAACGUCGUCAUAGUCGGGAGAAAUGAAGAUAAACUCAAGGAUGUGGCUAAGAAAUGUGCAGGAGUCGGCAACGCCCCUUUCUUGGUCAAAGCGGACGUGUCCAACGACAAUGACGCCAGAAGAAUCAUCAGCGAGACAUUGAAAAAGUUCGGGAAACUAGAUGUGCUGGUCAACAACGCUGGCGUUGCCGAAUACGGGAGUAUCUUGGACGGUAAGCUUCUAGAAAGUUUCGACAAGAUUAUCCCCAUCAAUUUGCGAGCUGUGGUCCACAUGACGAUGCUGGCUGCGCCGCACCUCGUGAAGACCAAAGGGAACAUCGUAAACGUUUCCAGCAUCGCUGGCCAGAAGCAUAUAUUUGUGGCCUCGAAUGUGUAUUCUGUGUCCAAAGCUGCAGUGGACCACUUCACGAGGGGCAGCGCAUUGGAGCUGGCCUCCAAAGGAGUGAGGGUCAAUGCGAUCAGCCCGGGACCUGUGGAGACUGAUAUGAUGACAAGCUUUGCAACGGAGUCCGAAAAGGAAACGCAGGGAAUAAGGACGCCUCUGGGAAGGAUGUCGAAGGCGGAAGAGAUCGCCGACUUGAUCCUUUAUGUGGCCAGUGACAAGGCGAAAGGAAUCACUGGGUCUGUGUUUGUGGCAGAUAAUGGAAUAAUGGUACAAUAAAAUAUAUAUUAUAACCAUGCGAAAAUAUUUUUGGAUUAAAUAAUAAUAAAUUAAUUUUACACUAAGUAUUGCAUCAAUUGCAUGUAAUAUUAUGAUAAAUCUGACUUUUUUAAUUCAUAUACUUACCAUAAAAUAUACCUAUUCUUUAUACUGGAUAUAAUGUAGUUGCAUGCCAUUUAUGUAAAUCCAUAAAUUAAAGUAUACUCAUGCACUAAGAUAAUUAUCAACACGAUUAUAAAUGUAAUUACCUGCCAUUAAGUAUUACUAAAGGUACCUUACCUAUUGUUUGUAUGUAUGUGUGGAUAAUAAUUAUUUUCUUUAGUCGAUCUGUUAAUGUGUUAUUGGAAACUUCAGUUGGAAACAUAAUCUAUUUGUCUCUAUUGGUUGGUAGUUCAUGUUUUAUUUGGAACGUGUGUACUCGUAAUACACGGCCUGGAAACGGCCUAUGUACUGAAUAAAUAUUUUAAUUACACUGCUUGGGAUAACCUAAGCUACCUACUUAAAAUUUUACAUUUUUCAAAUUCUUAUAGAUUAUUUAAAAUGAUAGUUAAUACACGCUAUGAUUAACAUACACUUAAGCUACAUGUAUUGAAAUA